GGAAGGAGUCAGCAAAAGUUGGCGUUCUUGGAAGCUGACAUUCAUGCCUUGUCCAUGAAAAUGUUUUCCCACAUUUAUUUUUGCUCCAAAUUGGUAAGAAACAUUGACGUCGACGGAGAAGCGGUGCUUGCCGAUUGCCAUGGAAGGGACCAUGAUCUUUUUCUAAAUGUCCCAAAAGAUCUGCAUGUUUCAUCGUCUUUUCCAUGAAAUGACUACGACGCCUCCCUCGCCUCUCUAUAAGAUCACCAACUUCAUCUUCACCAUCCAUCCGCCCCCAACUCUCUCUCUCUCUCUAAGAACUUUCUGUCAGCCGAUCGAGGAAACACCGGCCGGCGGCCGGCUGCAGAGGAAAACACCGAACGGCCAGCCAUGAAGAAAAAAGUGGUGCUGAGAGUGGAAAUGUGCUGCAACCGGUGCCGCACCAAAUCCUUGGAGACCGUCGCGUCAAUUAAUGGUGUGCUGUCCAUAGCGCUUGAAGGGGCAGAAAGAAACAUGGUUGUGGUGGUCGGCGAGGACAUAGACCCGGUGACCAUGACCAAGAAGUUGAGAAAGAAGGCUGGCCACACUGAGCUUGUCAAAGUAGAAGCGAUUUCUCCGCGAGACGGAAUGGAUAAUGAUGAUCAAUACCGGCGGCCGGCGGCGGUUUGGAAUGCAUAUCCACCGUCCUACAUAGCAUCAUGUCAGGUCUGUGAGGUGGAUCACCCGACUGUUGGUUGCUCUAUUAUGUGAACGCCAGCUUAUAAACAAACACCAUCUGUUCCCUUAUAUUCUAAAAGUUAGGCUGCUGGGAAAUACUUGCACUCCUAUGUAUUUGUGUUCUUGAUUGUUUCAUGGUGUAUGGACAUGUAAAAUAUUCUGAUCGGACAACCGUCAUCGUCUAUUUGACAUUCAUGUU